AUGAAAUUAACAAACAACUAUAACGCCACCUGGAUUCUUCAUAGUAAGUUAUAACAUCAGCAUUUAAAGAAAGCGUAGUUUAGUAUGUAAAAGGAGCAAGUUUUGCGUCGGAAAGAUCCGCUCUCGACAAGUUUGACAAGAUUAUCAGCUAUAGGUUGAUGAAAGUAGUUAAAUCAUUGUGAUGGACUACAAAAAAAUAACGAUUACCAUUUUCAAGCAAAGGGAAAAUUAUCCUGCAGUUCAUAUUUUUCGGGAAACGACUGAACUGAUGAACUCGCUGUUAAUUUACCUUGCGGUGCCAGAAUUUUAACAGAUCACAAGCACACAUUAUACUGGAAAUAAAUGUAAUGCAAUGAGUCUUAAAUCUAGCAAUACGGGACGGCUUCUUAAAAUAUUAGGACGUUUUAUUAUUGUUAUCAAUUCCUGUAACCCAGAUUUUUUUAAUUUUGUUUUUUUAUUCAUGAGGCAUUAUUCCAAGCAACCGCGAGCUUUCAGGGAGGAAUUAAGAAUGAUAUUUCACGGUUAUACUCGCAGCAUAAAUUUUGUUUGUAAAGCAUAGCAAAUUCUUUUUGCAUGUCUCAUUCCUUUUUCGCAGUUUUGAUACUACGUUUAGAAAAAUUGCCGAGAUUUCGUGCCCCUAAGAAAUUGAAAGAUGAGUUUUUAUUUAGCUACUACGAAGGUUUCUUGUACCAGACCGGUUUCUAUGGAGACAUUAAAGGGCAAAUACUCUUAAUAAAACAAAAUGCGAAAUUACGAUAAAUUUAGGGCCUUUUCCUGUAAGAGUAGGUUCUCUCGAUUUGCUUUGUUUCCAGCGUCAACAUAUCUUUUAAAUGAGCCAUUAUAAAAUGUGAUCAUUUCAUGUAAUUAAGAUGAUAAUUCAGAGCAAUGACCCAUUCUUAUCCGAAACAGUAUGUCCUACGUGAAAAGCUAGGGCAAUUGAUGAUGUAUUCUAAUCGUGAGGGUAACGCUAAUCCUGAGCACGAAUAACGUUUCGACUACCUUAGGGAAAGCCGUCAUCAAAGUCGCGUGAAGAGGCUGAGUUUUACAAUUUCGGUAUAUGUAAACUAGAUUGUACGUUUUGUGGCGGCGGGAUUGGCUGUAAAUCUAAAUUCGGUGGUUACUGGUCAGUUUUGUUUCGUUGGUGAUGAUAGGUCAAUCUUUUUCGGGUCGCUUGUUGAGUGAAUGUGGUAAAUAUGCCGUUUUUGAGAUAGUUACUGACAUCUGUUGACGGGCGUCUGUUCGAAGUACGUGAACCAGCCCUCCAGAGUUAAAAACACCAACUAUGAUUCAACUUUCCUUCAGCAAUCCCAAUCGAUGACCCUUCGAUAAUCUUCCUCGCACUUGGUUUAUCCCCUUUUGAUGAAGUAGCCGGCCUAAUUUCGUAUCAUCAUUUGUUAAUCUGUCAAUUAAGUUUGCAUUAUUUAAAUAGAAUUCCUCAUUUCCUGAUUACGUUUUAGUGAUGAGAUGCUUAGCUGGGCGCCUCUUCCGUUUACGCCUUGUCAUCGUUUUUCUCUUUGUUGCUGCCUUGGCAAUUCUUCGCAUUAUGUGGAAGCUACCCUAUUAUGACAUAUCCCAUUUGAACGACUUCAGAACUUUUCGUCAUCAUUGGUGUAGAAUGCAUGAAUGGCGUGUAGACUGGGAAGGAAUGGUCAAACCGUGUGAGAACCGAGUUGCCUGGACCCGAAGAGAAAUAAACUCAGAGUUGAGGAGUGAUGCGCGGAGAAGUUUUAUUACAAAAUGGGAGAUACUUCCUGCAGGUGAAAGAAAGAACAUAAAGCCUAAAAGUGGUCCAGUUUGUAAACAUAGAAUGUUACCCUAUGAUCAGAUAUCUUGUAUUGCUUGUAAGAUUCUGGCCAAAGUUGUUGAUUACCAUUAAAGAUAAUGAAGAUCAGUAAUCAACUGAAAAGGACUGCAGAACUUGAUAACAAAUUUAAAAUUAAAAAAAAUGUAUUUCCGCUAAAUAACGAUUUCAUCCCCUAAAGUUUAAAAGCUAGCUUGAGGCGAAAAUGUUCUCAGUAAUCACUUCGCUCUCCUGAUUUUUUAAAAGGUCAAUUCAGUCGUUUUUUUAUUCAAUCCGUGACGAAAAAUGGCCACAUAAAAAGCUUUGGGGGUGAUGCAUGGCGAGUAUACAUCAAACAAGGCCCGGCAUCAAUUGCGCCGCAAGUCUGGGACCUCGACAACGGCAUGUACGAGGUGGUGUUCUUAGCAAUGGAACCUGGCAACUACUCCGCCCAGAUAACGCUGGAUUUCACUUUAUGUGAUGGUUUGCGGGAUCCACCGGUGGAUUGGUUUAUUAUAGGUAAGUAAUUUAUGAAGAUCCAUCUUUACCGGGAGAUUUUUUUUUUGCAUUUCAACCCAAAAUGCCAGGGAGUUGGUUUGAGCUUUAUUCAAGAUGGACAACGCACUCUGUAAGAUAGACCUCGCAUGGACGGAAAUCUUUCUAUCAUUAUCUCGCUGCUUCUUACUCAAACGUUGCGAGGCUGCUAGUAUAUUUUGUAAUGCGACGCCAAAAAAGAGCGAGAUAAGAGAUUACGAGUAGAAUUUUCGUUUGCACCAAAUUAAACGAGUGAAUAGCGGGAUUCGCGACUCAAUAAACAACAAAUUAAUUGAUCAAUUAAUUAAUUCUGACAGAAUCGACUGAUUCCUUUAAUAAAAAUUUUUUGGACAACAAAUGGCGAGCUGUUCUAAUAUUGUCUAAUAAUACAUGUAGCCGUAGGCACAUUGACGCCUCCAGCCGCCCCGAUUCGCAAAAAAGGCUGGGCCGUCGACCAAAUAUAAAGUAACUGAAUGGUAUUGAAUCUUUCUUCAUGUAUCAGGAACGGUUCAAGGAAAGUAUCAACCAGAUGGUGUCUUGGGAUUCAUUGGCGAUGACUACAUCCUACAGCCUCUAGGUGGACAAAAAACAUUCAGUUUUUUUGUUCCGUGGAGUGGCGCUCUCACCCCUGAUGCCUUUGUCACACCAUCCUGCAUUGUCGGUUUAGAAACAGAGGGUAUGUUUGACUAGAUUGGGAUUGAGUAUUUUUGCUUUGUACGUUGAAUAUAGAAAUCAUGUUUUUAUUUAUUUAUAGUGUACUUACAAAUCUCAGUAAAUACUAGCAUAAGUUAAAGAGACAACCUAACAUGAUGGAGUUAACUUGCAAAACUACUUAAAUCUUAUCUUAAUCAAAUCAAAUAAAAUCUAAUCAAAUCUACUUAAAUGGGAAACAAUGCGAAAAUAUAGACUAAUUAAAAAUUUUUAGAAAUGUCAGACUUUUCCUAACAUUUGUACUUUGACAAUCUCCCCAGACUCAAAAAAUUUGGCAAAAAGUUGUGGGAUUAAGUGUAACUUUGUGCAGAAUGGAUUCGGUAGAUGGGUUAACAGAGAGUGGUUGCCGUACGUAACAGGUUUGUUUUCCUACAAAAUUUAUCUUCCUUGACACAUGAAAAGGGAGUGCGUUAAAGUAGAUCCUGUAACAAAUCGUCAUUCUCUUUUUUUUUUUUUCAUUUUUUUGCUUUUUAGCUGGUUCUAUCGAAAUAAGUAAUCAAUUUAUAAAUCUUCACUACAGACCUUCCUUUAUCUCAUUUAUUCUUUUUUUUCAUUACCAGAUAUCGAAACCGCAACAGGAAAAGGAAACUCAGUAACACAGGCCGAUACUUUGUGGAUAUAUGGUGAUUCUGUCAGUCAAAGAUUUUUAAAUUCCCUAAAAUCGAGAGGAAUUUGUCAAGAAAAUUUCAAAAAGUGCAUCAGUUCCUACAUGUGGAUAUAUGAGGUAGGGAUUGAAGUCUAUAUGAGGCCAAGAAAAUUUGAUAUUGACGCUGAUUGGAAACAAUAAUUAAAUUAUCAAUUUUAUUUUUUGUUCAGUGUUUCAGUACUUUAACCUCCAUAGUCGUUGGAGAUAUAGCAGGCUCAGUGGUGCAUAGGUUUUAAAUUAUCAUUAGCUAUUUGUCGGGUUUUUUUUUAUAAAUGGACUCUUUAAAAAAGUCAAGAAAAUGGCUGACUUUGCAUCAACACCGAGGUUGUUGAUUGGGAUUUUUGAAUGAUCAGCUCUUUUUUAUGAAAUUUUCAGCUGACAAGUGAAAAAGAAGCAAAGACAAAGUUCGAGCCGAAUGACUUUGACGAGACAAUUAUCCUGCAACAUAUGAGUGAGAUUCUCAACUCUUCAGACUUAAAGACACAAGACAGUGUGUUUCUCUUCAAUCUUGGUGUUCAUUACUCCGUAUCACUUAACUUCACAACUUACAGACGCCUUAUAGACAAUGUAGUGAAACUUGUAAAGAAGAAGUUAGAUAACACAAUGGAAAACAUGCCCAUCCUAAUUUGGAAGACGACCACCUCCAUAGAAAAGGAAAUGGUUCACAAAAUGUAUGCUGAGCUGCCUAGGAACAAAACCCAUUGGAGAUUUCAUACGCAUCAGGUGUGAUAUUCGAUCGCGAUAGGUUAUUAAAAACGGGAAUUGCUAAAUAGACUUCUGAUUUUUCUAGGUCUUCUCCUUUUUUCUAAAGAGAGAGAUUGAAAAAUGUAUCUUUUACAGGAAAAAGGAUAUCCGAUUCUUAUGUUGUACAAAUCGUUUAUUUGAAAACGGCAAAACUUCAUUACUUAACUCUUUUCCUGCAGCCAGGAGAGGCUUUUAAAUUGUGAAAUCUUUUGCGAAACACUUUCCAUCAAAAUCCGUUAAGUAGCGAAGUUAUCCCUUAUGUAUCUUUCAGAGACUUGAGUUGUUCCACAAGUAUGCAGUUAGUCGCAUGUGCAAGGCUGGUAUCCCUGUGUUAGAUCUGUAUUCCAUGACCGCCUCAUACCCUAAUGGUACGUUAGAUCAUGUGCACUACAACGAAGAAGCGCAGAGAGCAGCGGAGGACCAGUUGAUAGCAUUUGUUAGCCAGGAAAUAAAAAAAAAAAGACGGAAGAAUCCCGAAGGAUUUGGCCUUAAAAUUUAAAAAGUUAAGUUUCCUUGUUCCAGAACGACACAUCAAGUACAACUUUAAUACUUUGUUCGAAAUCAUAUUUUCUAAUUUGCUGAAUAUUUAUCAUUUUAAUUCUAGACUUGACAACAUGAAAAAAAAUAAGAAAAGAAAAUAAUUGCUUUUGAAAAAUUCUCGAAAUAAAAUAUUAAUUUUUAGUUCCUUUCUUGAUUCGUGACUUUAUUUACUCCGCGCGCAAUGAGUUACUGUAACCUCACACCCUCACCCCCCAGGAGAGUUCAAUCAUUCUUCUGUCUUGUCUGCACAAUAGACAUAAAACGUGUCUGCUGACAACAAUAGAACAGAGACGCCUCGAUCAACCAAAUCAGAGGAUAAUCUAUGGGAACCGAUUUCUUAACUUCAUUAUCCGAUCGGGCUGAACUGUUUCCAAGUAAGUUACAUCUCUGCUCCAAGAAUACAAAUUCCACUUAUAGCACACCUAACUUUGGUUCGUGUAGAAAAAUUUGUAAUAUUUUCCGAAUGUUAAAUAAAGUUUUUGUAACUUUAACGUUGCCGUUUGUUCUCAUUCCCCUGGAGUUAGACGGCGCUUUUGUGCAACGAUUAAAUCACACCUCAACGUAUGUUUUCAUGCCAAACAUCAUCUUCUCCGUUUCUGUCAACCGUUUGAAUUGACCAAAUAUGGAAGUAAUACCUAAUAGAGUACCCUUAAAGCCCCUUAACGAGUUAAACUUCGUUAUCUGUUUUAAAAAUGUCCAUCGUUCGAAAUAUUUUCCGACUGCAAUAAUGAUAUAAAGAAAACUAUUUUAGGAGCACUGAUGCCUCAGUUUUACCAAGUACAAAGCAAGGUGCCUACUCUUCAUAUUUAAUUUUUCAACUACCAUAAAAUAAUUUCCCAAUGAACAGAUUUUACAAAUUCGGAGUUAACGAUUCCGCACUUAUUACUGUUUGUAACAGUAACAAAAAACUCCUGCCAGCUUAGGGCAUAAAUCAUAAAGCAUCGGUCUCCUCCGGACUUUAAGAGACCAACUCGUCUCAUGUAUUUCACUAGGUUCCGGUUCACAGACAUAUCACUGAACUCAAUAGUUUGGAACAUUUAUCACCCGUUUCACCAGUCAACUAGCGCUAUCUCUAGGGUUCUUAUCUUAUGGGGUGUUUUGUGGAUAUCGGAAAUGUUAAUAUUCAAAAUAGUUUGUUUUGUAGAAAAGAGGAAGGAUUUAUGUGUAAAAUCCAUGAAGUUUCUUUUAACUGAAAUUCAAAAUGUAGUUGCGGUUUACCUUACAUUUUGAUGUAAAGGUUUGAUAUUCUUGUUACAAGUCUUCUUUUCAAAGUAUUAGAUCGUAUGAGAGAAGUUGUAUUUUGAUCUCCUCUAAGAUAUCGGGCGUAACUUUAGCAUACCUCUUGUAAUUAUCUGGGGAAUUCAUUCCACUUUCGACGAAAACAAACCUUACUUAUCGGUGAGGGGUGGGUUUCCUUCGUUCCAGUUUCCAUCGAAAUUUUUGUUGAAUAUUCGUCGUAAGUUGUCGAUCUCUAUCGAUUUUUCGCAUACCUGAUUAAGUUACCCGAGUCAAAGCGAAAAUGUUAUGGUUUCCUUUACGGUUGUUAGGUUAUUAGCCAUAAAUAUUUCAGAACUUCCUCAUGAAAAAUUCACGAAAAGUUUAGUUUUAACCUAUUUCUCGCUAACGAGGCAAAGACGGUCUGUGUCGUGGAAAGGGAAAUUUACUUCUUAGAAUUAGCACAAUGUUGGAAUUCACAACUUAACGAAAUUGCCACAAAAUUCUCAAAGUCAUAGUCAUAAGUGCCUUAUUCCUUUGAUUGGAGGGAAAAAACAGCUAGAUUUGUGUUGGUCAUAACUGGUGAGUAAGCCCAUUUUCUUUUAAUUUCCUUUUUUUUUUUUUGCCAACGUUCACCGUCUUACGAUUUUUCCUUAGAUAUGAUUUUAUUAUUUUUCGUAAACUUGUGUAAUCUAUCUAGCUAGAAAUAUCUUUGGGUCGCUUCAAGCUCUGAGACUGAAAUAUUACGUCUGUUGGAGCAAAGACACUACAACAUGUGGGCCAUUGUUUUACUCUUGGCGAAUGUGAUUUGUACCAAAGUGCAGGGCAGGUACAUGAACAAGCUCAAUAAAGGUAAGUGAUGAUUUUGUGUCGAAGUUUCCGGUCAAAUGAAAAAAUGUUAUAAAAUGUAUCUUUGAGCUAUGAUACGUAUUUUCACAUGCGUUUUAGAGCAAUUCACUUUCAGGGCUGUCAGGACAAAGGAAGCGAGAAGACUUUUACUACCUUCGAUAGACCCAUCAGUUUCCAGAUGCUUAAUCAAAUCCUACUUUUUAAAAUGAACACGCCCACUGUCAUAACUGUGGCUCUUAAGUCUCCUACAUUUACUCGCUUUGUAGAAAGUUGGACAUAUCAAGGAGACGGGACCUAUUUGCUGACAUUCAUUUUGAGACACUGUGAAGAGUUUGUGAAAGCUGUAGUUUCAUCCAUUAAAAUACACCAUAGCCUUUACCUUGCUUUGUAACAAUAAAUGACCCUUUGGGUUCGUCUGACACAAUGUCUUCCAAAUCUGAGUGCUUCACGUCCGAGCAUUCCAAAGGAAUGUUUUCAAGACCUUUAAGAGAUUGAAAAUGAACUACCGGAGGAACCAAAGCAACAAGGGAAUUAUCCUGUAUUCGUUUACGCAGUUAAAUACAACCAUUUUUGGAGGGAUUAUACAUUAUUAGUCUAGUCUUUAGAGGUAAUAUUGAUUUGCCAAAACAUAAAUAAUCGCUGAGCUUAAUCAAAACUAGAUUUAUUUACUUUAUAAAGAGAAAAACACAUCUGGCGAAGACAAAGAGUUUGAAAAAUUGGAGAAAAGGCAACAAAUUACCGGGGAACUGGAAAUUGAUGGCCAACGUAAGUAAUCUAUCGUCAAUACAGAGGUUAUGUGGCUCAUUAUGCGUUUCUUACUGGGGCCCGGAACCUCUGAACCUCUAAACCUCUGAAUUUUUACGCUCCUUCCGUAACUAUACUUCUGUGUAUGUAUCUAUUUUGCGGCAGCGUAUGGGUACUUAUUGCUUAUAAUAUGAGACGAGCUGAGCUGCAUCACGUUUCUAUACUAUGAUGGCAUACUAGUAAUUCAGCAGGAUUUUCGUGUCAGGUUUAAUAAGACUAAAGUAUGUAUCUUAUGCUGGGACCAUGCAAAAAUCUGCCAAUAUACUCUUAAGCUCACUUCCUCACGCUUGUACCGAAAGGACGAAGGGCAACGAUCUACAAUUUUAAGGACCGAAAUUCGACAAUGAUCUGUCAUUCAGUGAGAUCAAUGUUAGUAAAUACUGUGAAUUAAAACUUUGUACACUUAAAAGAAACAGAGCCUAAGUAAAUUAUCUCAAAUUACGAUAUUGUAGUAUCCUUUUAAGGGUAUAUCAUUGUAGAGGGUGACAUGCCAUCACGAGUUGUGCUUUACUUAUAGGGUUUGAAAGUUUGGGUUGCUGGCGAGAUGCAUGGGCGCGAGGCUUACCAACAAUCGAAGGAGAACAUUAUCUUCUAAUGGAUCCUAAUUAUAAAGGCAGAAGGCAUGCUUUGUACAAAUGUGCAAAGGCGGCUCUCGAUAAGGGUCGUAAGAUAUUCGGAAUCGAGAAUGGAGGCCAGUGCUUUGCGAGUUCUGUUGGGGACAAUGAAUAUCGCAGAUAUGGAGCUUCUAAGGAUUGUAGAGGUAACAAAGUGUGUCGAAAUUUGAAAACGAAUAUAUAAAACCUAUAUCCAGCAGGAGGAAAACGAGAUGUAUUUCUUCGAUCAGAGACCGGACCCUCAUUGAAAGUCGGCCUUACAUAAAGGUUGGAGGCAUCUGAAUAAACGUUGGCUGUAUGAUUAAGGCCCCACAUUAGGUUCAAGAUUUAAGGUUCAGGGGACCUAACCCUAAAACCCUGAGAUGGUUACUGACUUUUAUUUGAGUUUUUGAGCUCUAAGUAAGAAGACACUACUCUCUAUUGAAUCGCUCUGCUGCAACAUAUAGAUUUUUUUUAAUCUUUUGGAUUGAUCCGUCAAAAUUCUCAGAAUAGAGGAAAGGAGUGAGGGAGAAAUAGCGCCGUCUCAGGCGAUUAGUCCUUGGUCUCAGAGGAUGGGUUGCAACAAAAUAAGCUUUAAAAUGACAGAAUAACAAAGUCUGUUUAUAAACGUUGACCCCCAGAAAAAGCCGGCCUUGCUUAAAUACUAGAUUUACCAGAACAAAGUAAGAAAAAGAAGGCCAGAUUGGAGUUAAUCGAUUCGGAAAGUUAGAUUCUAAAUCAGACUAUCCGAUCACAUAAACAAGGGGUCGAUGCUUGUUUUAGUAGCGAACUUUAUGGCAUUUUAACAAGACAAAUGGAUAAGGGCAUCUUGCCUAAAAUGAACACACUGUGCACAGAGAAGGGCAGGGGUAUAAUGGCAAAGUUAGCGUGUGAGAAGGUACCUUUGGCUAAUAUUGUCACCAGGUGAUUCUUAUUGGUUCUCACCGACAACGACACUCUCAAAACUAAUUCGCCACUGAGACAGAUCUCUUCGCCAAAAUUGAUACUUUUGUUUUUACGUUUUUUGGAUCGUUCAGAUACAUAGUUGAUUGGGUCAAUCACGAAUAAGUAUUCUGUAGCUCAUCAUAGAUAAGAAUGGUUAAAUAGCCUUACCACAUGGUUAGCCCAGUACUGUAAUGCAGAAUUAUCCGUCAAUGAGCCUAAUCUUUACAGACACGAAAUAGCAGGCCUUCGUAGUAACCUAGUGAACUCAUUCCUUAGUGCAGGUGGACAUGCUUUGAAUAGAUUUCUUUGUUUGCAGGUGAUGGUAAAGGAGGGCCUUGGAGUAUACAAGUAUAUCGGUAAGACUUCACUCUCAUUUGAGAAUUUGACUAUAGUUAGUGAACGCAUUUUCUGUAUCGAGAAAAGUGAAUUACUAUGCUUUGCGCAGAUACUUAGAACUCUGAUGAAUUUGUAAGGAACCUCUGUCUUUGAAAUUUAUUGCUUAAACCAUUUAGGUACUGGGAACUGACAUAAUUAUGGAAAUGGGUUACUGCUCGAAUACUCAAAGGUGUACCAAACCAAAUACUUAAUAUAUGAGCAGAGCAACCUUGAAAAACAAAUAAUCAAUUCACAGAUUAUUUUUGGCAGCUUUUUUUGACACUUUUCUUAUGCGUUUUUUUUAUGCUGUUUUUCAAAAUUUCCUUUUGAAAGUAUGUGUAUCAACACUAGUCUUAUCCCACGGAACCUGUUUGUAUCUACAGUUUUUUAGACACAAAAAAGAGUGUUAACGGCGAUUAUGGCCCCUGGUCUUCCUGGACUGAAUGCAGCAAGUCAUGCGGCGGUGGAGUCAGAAGGCGCAUGCGUAAAUGCUCAAAUCCAGCUCCGUCCAAUGGCGGACAAGAUUGUAGGAGCUUGGGUCCUAGUCUAGAGAGUCAAGAUUGCAACGUUAAAGUUUGCAAAGGUAAGAACGUAAAAAGUAAGACAACGACGACUAGAAGAAGCGAACUUAAAAAUGGUUAAACAGUUCUUAACAUUGGCAAGUAGCUCUUUUCAGUUAGACAACCUAACAUCAGAAUACGAAGGUCAUCUGGCUAUAAAAGAAGUCGUUAAGUUACCGUUUGGGGUCAGGUCUCGCCUAAACAAACUAUUAUUGCUACUGAAACGUGCACAACGCCUUACUUAUUUUGCAAAGAAAACUGAACACGCAAUUCAUCUUUAGUAGAGCCAAACUUUUACCUUUGCACUUUUUGUAUAAUAACUAUUUAACGAAAUUUAUGCAUGAUUUUACCACUGCCUCAGCACUCAUUAACAGACGUAGUUCAUUGUGAAAACAUCUGAUUUCUAUUCCUACAACACACGCUUUUUUACGUCUAACAAUUUCUACAUGAACCCUGUGGUUCAAAAAAUUCCUUCUCAAGAACCUGUGCCAGACUAUCGAAUGAGAUAGCAGGUAAUUUAGUGUUAACAACUGAGUUGAAAACUUAAAUUAGCCACCGUAAAGGGUAAAAAAGCUGACGUUUUGAGCGUUAGCCCUUCGUCAGAGCGUUAGCCCUUCGUCGAGCGUUUGCCCUUCGUCAGAGCGAUUGCUAUCGCUCUGACGAAGCUUUAAAAUUUACUGGAGUGUUUUCGAAAGAGUACAUUUCUUUCUUGUCAUACACGAGAUCAUUCCACAGAAGCACAAUUGUUUCAGCAUUUCAUAAUGCCUUUGAAACUCCUUUCUAUAUUUAAUUCUUCCACUAAGCCGUUUGACUUUUUUCCUUUUUCAUCAUUUGUAAAAAAGUACUGUAAUUUAGGAUUAUCUCAUCUUAAGACUGGCCCGCCCAGAUAAGCAUUACUCACUACAGACCGGACCAGCCGUUAGUUUUAUUUUACGAAUUUGAAAGAAAAUAUUGUUUUUGUAGCUAUUAUUGGAGAAAAAAUGUUGUUUUUUUUUUAAAUUUCGAGUACACUCUAUGUUAGUAUUUGAAACAUUUGCUUUUCCAGUUUUAACGAGUAAUCAUUAUUAUUGGUAAACGUUAUUUGUUUGGUAUUUCUUAUAUUUGAAAUUAUGUUUGUUUGAUAUCGCCUGUUAUUCUCGCUUUAGGGGACUUUGGAGUUGGUGCUCCAGAAUUGCACAUUUCAAAAUCUUCCUUCCAGAAUGGCAACCAGGCAGGGCGUCACGUGCGUCAAUAUUCAGGUCCUAGUAGCCAAAUUUCACCAAAGGAGGGAGGAAAUGCAUUUCUCGGAGAGCAAGAGGAACGCAGGCCUCAUGAACAUUAUAUGGGACAAUCUCCUAAUCAAGAUCAACCAAGCAGAUUUAACCUUAAUGGGUCCCCUAAAAAAGGGGAGAAGUAUGUGCCAAUAUCUCGAGAAGAUUUCAAAAAAAUUGCUUCGUUUCAAAAAUCUGUAGCCAUUUCUAGUCAAAACCCCGAAAAUUUCAAAGGUAAAUUUUCAAAUGAAUCGCCAAGUAUGCCGAGAAAGGGUGUUUCGUUUGAGAUUAACACUCCAAAGCAACCAUUGCGUAUUUCAUCAAAUUCAGAUGCACAAAGGAACAUGAAAGAUUUUUAUGAGAGCUCAAAACCUUUUGAUGCAGACAAUUCAAAUAAAGAAAAGUUUUCCUCCGCAACAGCUCCUUCGAGAGUGAAUAAUCCCUCAAUCAAUCACGUAGGGCCGGCCGCAGAUGACUUUCUGAUUCCCAAAAUAAAAACACCUUUAACAAAUGAACACUAUGAUGGUAAAGAGCAAAAUAGACCAGCCUUAAUGGACAAUAAUAAAAUGACUGCAGCCGAAAGCUCACGAAAUUCAAAAGGGUUUAGCCUGGUUGGCCAGUCACUAGAAACAGUGAAAACCGAUGUUUCAUCAAACAACUCGGUUAGACCUCACGAGCAGCACUAUUUUGACCAUCUUCAUGAUUCUGCGAGAGACAGUGGGGAGCUGGAGAAUAAACCCAGUGGACACCAUAUAAUGACAGAAUUAAAAAGCAGUCAGGACACUGAGACUCACCACACUCAACAACAGGACACGGAAAGAGAGCAGAGAAAACCACCAACGUUCAAGGAAAACUUUCGAAAUGAAAAAGGAAAAGAAAUGCACCAAUCUCCAUCUGCAAGUUCAAAGAAAAGGCCAACGGAAUCAAAUUUUGGCUCGAAGCCCUCCAAAGACAUAGACAUAUCUCCCCAUCAAAAAUUGUCUGACAAAGAAAAGCAGGCAUUUGGGCAGAAGGAAGGAGCCACUGAACUGACAUCAAGCAAAUUGCAAGGGGCGUACGUCGAACACGGAGAACGAGCUGAGGGAUCAGUUGAUGACUCACACCAUGUUUUCAAGACAGGAAAUGCUAUGCCUAUGGCCAAAGAAAAGCCCAUUGUUGGAAUAGAUACACAGAAAGCAGAGAAAAAUCCUAAAUCCCAGCAAGAUGUGGGAAUUGCUAUACAAGCAAAACAUCCCCCCCAAGAGCAACUGUCGAGCAAACCUUCUGCGUUGAGUAAGGGACAAGCAUUCCAAUCAAAUGGAGGAGGUGAAAGAAAUGAAAAGCAGGAGUCAGAUCAGGAGCCGUCAUCAUAUGAAGGAGAACCGGUGCCCAUGGUGGACCUAAACAAAGGUGCUACAUUGGGAGGAAUGGAUUAUGGGCCAGCAAAUGGAGAAGAGUCCCCAAGUCCUGGGGAAGACAGUGCAAUGCAGAAUCAUGAAGGUGGUAUAGGAGAAGAUUAUGGACCAGAAAAUGAAGAGUUACCCAUACCAGAUGCUAGCCAACAGUCAAGACCAGUUUUUGACAAUGAGGCCAUACAAGGAAUUAGUGAUCUCUCUCAAAGAGAGGAUGCUCAAGUAAUACAACAAUCUAACUCUGAAAGCCAGGUAAGUCCCGAUGGAGGCAUGGGACUCGGAUACCAAGACUCGAGCAUGCCACAGGCGUACACCGGAGAAACCUCGAAAGGGCAAGUUCAAGAGGAAGUUGAAAAGAAUGGGGAUGAGGCUACUACGAAUCAACAGCAUUACAGUUUAGAAAAUAAAGAGCAGUCCCAGGAGAAAAGUGGAACCAGUCUUACGUCGAACCAUUAUAACACAGAGCCAGCAGAAGAUUGCUUGUGUCCAAAGAAAGGUAAGAGUCACAUCCUAUCCGUGCACAUCACUGUGUUGUUAUUCCUAUUAGCGUACAUCUGUUACUUUCUCUCUCGGAAUUUGAUCGGAAGAAGUCAAUUGCAGCACUGGUAAGUAUUAUUGCUUUUUAAAAUCAUGUUAUUAAUCAUUAACCACCAAGUCGCAUGGCAAAACCUUCACGACAGUCUAAGUAGCUUAACAACGUGUUCGUUAAACAGCGCGUAUUGGGGACAUUCAGUAGGUUUUCUCUGUUUUUCUCUCUGUUUUUUUUCCCCGUAAUCAAGGGGAUAUCAGCUCCUCAUAUCAAGCCGGAUAUAAUUGAUGUCCAGAUGAUGGUGACCGUGAAAACUAAUAAAUCCUCGCUGCCCCUAGUUUAUUUGUAUAAGCCCAAGAAUAUUUUCGCUUCACAGAGUGCUCCGCCAAAGCAGACGUCGCCUUUCUUGUAGAUGGCUCUGGUAAUAUUCCACAGCCGUACUAUGCUCGUGUUCUGGAAUUCAUCAAGAUCUUCUCCCGUGGAUUUGACAAAAGAAACACCCAUAUUGGAUUAAUGGCUUUUGGUGAUGAUGUAAAAACAGCUUUAGAUCUCAAAGGGCUCAGCGACUUCAGACAAUUUGACGAUGCCGUUAAUAUCGCACCGUAUAUCGGAGGAAAAGCCUACACCGGAAGUGCCCUCCUGCAAAUGAAAACAAAUCUCUUUGCUAUUUCCGGUCGCCAAGAUGCCCCACGGGCUCUUGUUCUGUUAUCAAGCGGUAGUUCAGCUGACGAUGUAGUUGCACCUGCUGAAGAGUUGAGAGAUACUGGAGUCAAAAUUACCGCUAUUGGCUUAGGUAAACAGGCUAAUGUGAGGGAGCUGAUAAACAUUGCUUCAGAGCCAAAGUCAGAACACGUUUUCACCGCUUUCUUGGACACUUUGCCGAAUGCAAUGGAUGAUAUUGUUCAGGAGGUCUGUAGAGGUGAGAAAGUAGAGUAUUGGCGAGGGAAAGAAAUAUUUGUCCCUCUUUCCAAUUUAUAAUUCCAGAUUUUGCAGACAGUUUUCUCCCGUCCUAUGUGAAAUACUCUCUUUAAAGGCCAGAAGUAUGCCUUCUCUAUAUUUUUUUACCUCUUAAUCCAUGGUUUUCAUACAUAUAAAUUUUAUUAAGAUGUAAGUGAAACGUCGCGCUGAAUGGGGAAGGGGGGAAGGGGGACAUGAAAGUGUCCGUAUUUCCGUAAUAGCGUAAUAGCUAGAGUCCGUAAUAACGGGAGUUUAUUAGUCAUUUCUUUAUGCUUUUCGUCGGGGGGCUGGCUGUUGUCCGCAAUUGCCGGGUGUUCGUAAUAGCGAGGUGUCCUCAGGGCGUGUGUCGACUGUAUGUAUGCAUCUAAUGUUUGUAUGACGAGACACAGGGUUUACAUGGGGCUUGCAUGAGAUGCAAACAAAUAUGUGACUUGAUAUGUCACCACAGCUUACUUCUCCGGAAAAGGUGGCAACGCACAGAUAACUAUAAAUACGGUUAUCAAUAUGAUAAGUUUUCUAGUUUCUCAAUAACUUCACACAGUACAAUUCAGCUUCCUCACUACGCUGUCUUGACUAAUAAUCAUGAUAUAAUUGAGUUAACGAGAGGCUCUUAGGAGAGACUAGCAAUAGGUAAAUUGUCUAACCAAAUGUUUCCUCCAUUGUUCUUCCAUCUACAAAAAGAUGUUAUGGGGAUCGUUCGGGACAGACAAGUUCCUUGCACAUGUGAGACGUACAACGGCCAGGUAGGGCCUUCUUCUGAUCACAUCAAAGACACCUCUGAGAGUGGAACGGUACCUACAGACUUAAACCAUCAUCACGAGCAAUAUUUAAGAUAUUCUCAAAAACAUAGACAGUUGGAUACUGAAAGGAGGCCCCUUUCCCAGGAAGAACCUUUUACUGAAGGCUUUCAAUCCACAGGAAGUCCAGGAGGAGCACAUCAGCAAGCUGGGCAGACAGGCAGUAAUUCGGAAAGGCAAACAGAAAUUAUCUCUAGUGGACUUCACCCUUCCAAAAUGGAUUCUCGAAACGAACAGCAGUAUCAGAACAAGGUUGUUUCCUCGGGAGAACUUAGUCAAGACGAGGAGGCAUUACAUUCUGAAACCCAACCAUCUUCACUCCCUGAGAAUAAACAUGAAGUUGCUGAUGAAGGCUCAAAGGAUGUUACGACAAAUUCGGAUGAGAGUCGUAGAUUCGAAAGCGACGAACAAAUGGAAAGUGUAAUAGAUAGUCGGUAUAACGAGACUCUAGAACAUUUACACGGUGGAGAAGACCAUCGCUUUGCCACUGGAAUCAAGGAGAAUUAUCAGUCGCAGGACGAAGGAGACGCAAGUAUUGCUCAAUCAUUAAAUCAGAGUCAGACAUUACACAGAGCACCCGGUCCUCUGGGUGAUUCGUUUAAAUCAACAGCACUCAGUAACGAAAGAGUUCAGGGCUCUGGUCCUCAUAUACUUCCUGGCACUGAAGCUCCUUCUAACGUAAAGAUCAGCAGUAAGCCCUUCGAGCGACCAAAUUAUCCUAAACGUUACUCCAAAGAGAAAUAUGAGCUUUCACCAGAAUAUAAAGUGCCUUCAAAGAUUAUGGCAGUUGGAAAAGCUGCAGAAAAUUUUAAGACCGAGGAACAGGAAAAAAACAGUCAUGGUGAGAAUUCGAAGCCUCGUAUAAAACACAAAAAACAUUGCAAUUUUUCCAUUGUCACAACGAAUUUUCUAAUUAUCUCCCUAUUCCUAACAGAAUUAUUUUUUUUUUGGUCUCAGUUUAAACAGUUUUGAGGGAAUCUAAGAAAAAAUUUUGUUGAAGAACUGAAAUGUUUACCUCACAUAGCUUAAAUACUAUCGAAAGUCUCGUUAAAGUUGUUUUUUCUUUGAAUCGCAAGAAAGCAAUUAAGGUGAUUCCUUAGUAUUGCACUGUGCAUCCUGUACUGCGCUUCAUAAUCACGUUACGAGGUUAACAAGCGCGUGCAUUCCAAAAACAUGGAAUUGUUAUCCAAUUAGUAGGCGAGGUAAAUAGGUAAGACGGUGUUUUGCUCUUGAACGAGCACGGUGAUGUAUAUUUUUAUUGCAUAAUUUUGCGAUAAAAGUUGCCUCCUUUAAAUUGAAUAAGUUAAAAACAUUGUCGUAUAGAAGUGUACACGAAGUUUGUUACUCGACGAUGCAAAUCAUGACCUUGAGAGUAAUAACUCGAGAAACGUUUUGAAGCGAUUUCAUUCAAAAUACGUGACUUUUCCACAAACUAUAUAUCACAUUAUUCCAUACAUUCGAGACUUUCUGCUCAUCAAGUAUUUUUUUCAAGUUUUACUGUAAAAACCAUUGCUUCCAGCUACCAAUAAAAUGACGCUCGUGAUUAGUUCCAAUACAGGUAAAAAUGGGGUAAGAAUGGUCCAUCAUAUCUCUUAGGCGAGCACGAUCAACUAUCUUUUUAUUGCAGUUUUCCAGACAAACAAUUUUUUUUUCUGAGGAAUCAACUUGAGAUUUAUCCGUACAACUCGCUAGAAAAACUAUGAAGGAACCCUAGCUCAGUAGUAAAACGCACUCUGUUCAGUUAAAUUUCACUAGCAGAGCAUUAAAUAUUCUUAUCUUGAUUCCUAUCGAUAUUCGUUAUAUUAAUGUGAUAUCAUUACUUAUAUUUUUGCCCUUAGAGUGUGGUAAAGUCCACCUUGGAGUAGUCUUGGAUAGCUCUUCUUCCUCCGAAGGUCGUGGUACCCAACAGGCAGUCAAGAUGAUGGAUUUGGUAAAGCAAGUUUCCCACUUAUUUCCUGUGUCUCCUCAAGGUAAUAGUGUCGGUAUGGUAGUGUAUGGAGGCUCGCCACAACCUUCCGUGGUACACUUCGACAAAUUCCUCGAUCAGAAGAGCAUGGAUCAAGCUAUUGAUAACGCUAGUAUUCCAAACCUUGAGAUACGAAUAGGAAAGGCUCUCACAGUGGCUCAAAAGCAAUUGUUUAGUCAGCCUCCCACGUCAAAACACAAGGUGCUGCUUCUGGUGACCGACGGAUUUUCAUCUGAUGACGUCAGUCGACCUGCCAUAGAACUCAAAAGGCGGGGUAUCGAAGUGUUCUGCCUUGGCAUAGGUAGCAAUGUUAAUCAAACACAACUUGAUAUCAUCGCUUCCGAGCCCAAGAGCAGUCACGUGUUCUUAGCUCCAUUUAAUGAUGCCGAUGCAUUCAUGGGGAAAAUUCAAAAAGAAAUAUGUCAGUCAGCGAAAAGGGCAGGUAAGCAGCCUGUGAUAUAGCUUUUGACUGGAAUGACUAUCCACAUUUAAGUACGUGAAUAUAGGUACGUGCGGGAAAGACCGAAACUAAGUGAAGAUGCGUUUGAAUGUUAAAUAAGCGGGGAAACAUACUCUAAUUUGAAAGACGGUACCAGAAAUUCUUGAAAAAAACAGAAAACUUGGAUAGCUGAUUAAAAGAGAAAAACAUGCUAAGAGAGUACGUCCCCUAUGUAGGCCUUAUUUUAAAGGUAUAACUCUUUUAAUUUACAUUUAGACCCAGUGUAUCUGGUUUUACUGACAUAAUAUGCGAACCUGGGACACACGCCUUAUGGGAUGUACCUGUAAGCUUAACUCGCGAUACAUCAUGAGUUAAUUCUAGAGCCUAUCAGUGCCAAUUCCAAAAAUGCCGUAGAACUAAGUUACUAAGAAGUGAGAGGGAAUGCAACCUACUGGAGUACUCUACCCAUUCAUUUUGAUCAAACUACGAUGAGUUUGUUGAAUUAGUUAUGUUCAGUCCUAAUACCCAUAAUCGACGAGACGUAAGGCACACGUUCAAUUUUUUCAUUAAUUGGCAAGUAAUAAAUAUCGACGAGAAGUUUUCAUAGAAGUCCGUCAAGUGGCCCACACACAAAGAUUUCUCAGCAUCUUUAGCAGUCAAUCUCUAACGUUCACUGCAGUGUCAAGCAUCUUAUCAUUUAAGAUAUUUUAUGAUCUAUUCAGAAAUUUAGCCUCUAACAUACUCAAAUAACAUCGCUUUGCUAACUUGUCAUAGAAUAGUGCGACUUCAUUCCGACGCUUUGCCGCUAAAUGUAACUCUAUCCGCGAGACAGCAAAUUCUCUUAUUAACUUAAAUUGUCUUCAAGGCUCAUUCUAAUCGUAAGACUAAUUAGAAUCAUUCGGCAUGUUUGCUUGCAGCUCGAUUACAGACCCAGAGAAAGUGCCAUUCCGACCUCGGAUUUGUUAUCGAUGGUGCAAGGAGUAUCGAGGUUCUUGGAAAAGGAAACUUCAAGAAAAUGCUGGACUUUGUUAAAAAUGUCUCUUUAGGAUUUCACAUUUCCCCUGAAGGAACUCGGGUUGGGGCCGUCACUUUUGGAACCGAACCCACACUGUCAAUUCCUUUCGACAAAUAUUUCGUCCCUCGGGAUUUAGCCCUCGCUAUUGAGAACAUUAAGUAUCCUGGAACCAUUACCAUGACAGGAAAAGCCUUGGCCUUAGCAAGUAAAAAGUUGUUUGAUAAGGCCAGUCGGAUAAAUGUCCCCAAAGUUCUUGUUGUGCUCACACGAGGCACCUCGCGGGACAAUGUCCAAGCUUCCGCUCAAGCGCUUCACAGAGCAGGGGUGACGGUCAUUUCUGUGGGUCUGGGUCCAGUUUACAACACAAAUGAACUUAGUGAUAUUGCUUCAAUACCAGCUGCUUAUCAUGUGAUUAAGACUAAAUUUAAUGAGCUACAAGAUAAAGUAAUUGAGCUGCAGGAUAAAAUAUGCCAAGCAAAGCAUAACCAGCAAAAGCAGACAUGAGUAUUUACCUUAUUAAUAAUAAUGAUACUUGGCUCUGCUACAUCUCCAAUCAAAUCAGGGUAAUGUCCCUUCAGAUUUAUCGCCAUUCACCAGUAAGAAAGAUGCAAUUAAUUUUAAGGAAGCACCGAGCAGGGCAGUAGAAAAGGCCAAGAUACCCUUUCCGUUAGAAAUGGUCUUUAUCUUAUGCAAAAUUUCUAAGGUGUUUUUCCUAAAUUUACUUUGUUUUUCUGCUAUCAGAGCAAAAGAAUAGUCGGCAUUUUUGUAUACGGAAGAAGGAAUUAAAAGGGAUAAAAAGCUGGUUUCUAGCAACAGCAACUGCUUUUGACGCCUUGAUGGUCAGCCGAGGGUAGUUUGGUAGAAAUGCGCAGCCCUUUUUAACCAUCUCACCUUUUGAGCAUUUUAUGCUUACGGCAAAGUUAAAACAAUGCAGUCUAUAGGUGCCCCUUUAUUUCAAUAGGACUACUAACUUCAAAGGAACAUUAAGCUUCAGUUUUAAACAUUGUCAGUAACUUUUUUCAUGACUAAGUUUGCACAGGUUUUAUUUUACAAGCUCGAGAUAUAACUUUACAUCUGAUGGCUACAGCCCGACUCGUUUUGUAAGGCGGUUUAAACCCAUCAAUAAGGAGUGAAAGUGCAAGCAUCCAAGCAUUAGUCUGGCACUCCAUAGUUAACUAAAGCUUAUUCAAAAGAUCAGUACUUUGAAAGUAAUUUUUUUUGGUAUUUUCUUUUAUUUUUUUUCGUGAAACAAAAUUAUGAUUGACAAUAAAAACACAUUUCAAGUAAAGGAGUUUAAGAACCAUGCCAACUUAGCCUUUCGUAGUCGGUAUUCCUUCUCUCUAUCCUUCGACGUUCUCAACUUUUGGUAACUUUUGAAUUUCUGUUGAGUCAAGACGCAAAACAUUGCAAAAUAGGUAUCGUUGUUUUCCUACUUAUUUAUCCGAUACAUUCUCCUAAUAAUAUUGAACCUCUUUAAAUUUGCAAUUUUAAACGGUAGCUUAGAAAUUACUUUUCUCAAAUUCUGUGAGUAAUCAAGAAAGAGGACGCGUCAGCAUUUUGCUCAUCUUGAGUUAACUUGUAAGUGUGCCUCUCAACACAGAUAUCCUUUGAAGAAUUCCAGGACUUGCAUGAACAGAAAAGGAAGAGAUCUAUAAGAUACUCAAACAGGAUAUCGUCUUUUUCAUAUGACGGGGUUUAGGAAAAGUUGAUAGUAACAAGUGAGUUUACAUUGUACGAUCAGUACUGCCAUGAUUAAUCUUUAAAUAGUGGGUUUGUUUGAAAGAAAAAUGUGUUUAAUUAUGAGCUAACAAUUUAGAUCCACAGUAAAUAAACAAGUUUUGAUUUUUUCUUUUCUUUUAUAUGCUCGCCUCAUGAUCGCCCAGUAAGAUUCACUUAAAAAUCGUAUAUUCCGUUGUGGUUUUUUUCAGGUGAAGAGCUAGAUAUUCCUAAAAGAAGAGGAAGCCUGUAUCAUUUCCUGGCAGAAGUCGCUCACUAGAUCCAAUAUCUUUAACAAGGAAACAGUCUCACCCCUUCACCUGAUAUCACAGCGCCCCCAGUAUCACUUGUUUUAUACCAUACUUUGGCAAAAUAAUGCACCACACAUACGAGGAGCGUUUAUAAGCAGCUAUAACUUAUCAAAGUUGAAAACUGAUUUUCCAGAGGUAUAUAAUUAAGAUAAAUAACUACCCUCAAAACCUUUAUUCGAUUUAUUUUACUCUUAGUAAUUUAGAAUCACAUUUGGCUGAUAUUUUAAAUUAUCGACUGGUAAAUGUGCAUGUUUUAAGUUCUGCACCGGUUCUUUGGAUAAAAUCAAUGUACUUGAUCUAUUCGUUACAUUAUAGAAUCAAUAUAAGGGCCGAAUUGUACAUACAAAGUCCUCGGGAGGCUUGUAUGUUUAAUCUAGGGAAUCAAUAGUCUUAAGGCCUGAUCCGUACAACUUGUCAACGAAAAUCUGAAACGUCGUUAGUCGAAAGUCGAGACAAAGAAAUGAUCUCACCGGUGGCCUGAUAGUCAUGAACAGAUAUUUGACACGACUCAAUAAACAUAAUAUUUGUUAACUACGAGAAAGAGAGUUAAUUAAUAGUUGGUUAUACUGUCAAAUUGCCAUUUAACACCAAAAAAUGAAGCAACUUCUAUCGUUGGAUAGACUUCCCUGUUCUUCAUUUAUUUCAGUAUUUCCCCACGGUUGCCCCAUCUAACUUAUCUUUAGACUUAAAUGGCCAAACCUUUUCUUCAGUAAUUACCCACUUUUCUCUGUUAUAAAUCCUCACAUUUUCUGUCAAUAAUCACCACCUUUACCCCGUGUAUUCCCCAACCUUUCUCCUCAUACUCUCCCACCUUUUUACCCAAUAUCUGCAACCUUCUUUUAAAUGUCAGCACAAUAUUGCGCCGUGGGGCAUUAAUUGCAUCUUUACUUUUAAAAGAUGUUGUGAUAUAUGCUUAGAGUUAUCCUGGGGUCCAUGAUUAAAAAUGGUUUUCCAAAAAAAAUUUUUUCGCCAUCAUUUAAUGUUUGAAAGAUGAAAAAAGAUAAUAAGACAAGUAAACAACAACAUCAAAAACAAACACAUUAUCUCCUCGACUGCCGUUGAUCGCCCAAUUCAAAAUUAAGUGUCAACCAAAACUUGAGGGGAUAAUGCUUUACUCGUGGUCUACGCACCUGUGAAAAGGCUGCUAAAUACAUACACAAACUACUUACCACUAGCUAGUUAUUCCAACAGGUAAAUUUGCAUGAAAUGUGUUGAAAUCACAUCGUUAUGCCUAAUCAACAAUAUUCCUGGUCGAACUCGUUGCAAAACAGAGUUUUUUAAUUCUUUUGCAGACGUUAAAAGUAUUUGGCUGACUACGGUCGUUCUACCGUCAAACAAUUUACUGAGCAAAAAAAUUUUAAAAAAUACGUUUUGCGCUUCAUCUAUAGCUACCUACCCUUUUAAUUUUCAUUAUCUUUUGUGACGAAAUACCGUUAGCCGCAAAAAAAGCUUUUGGAAUGAAUUUACUUUGCGCGAUAAAGGGAUUUGAUUAGAAUAAUAAAUUAUUCUUAUUCCUCUAGUCAUCUUGUUUUUUUUUUUUAUACAGCAAUUUUUAUACAGCAAUAUAAAAACUGAAUAUAGACCUACAGCUUUUAACAUAUUCUGGAGUCUCUUUGAAAUCCACGCAACUAUUCAGGAAGAGCAAGUAAAAAGAUAUAAUUUAUUGCUUUAGGCAAAUAUCAAGCUGACACUGUCGGAAAUCCAACACAAAAAAGCCUAUGGCGCUUUCCUUAAUUGAUAUUUGCAUAUUUCGUAACUCGCUUUGGUCGCUAAGCACUUGGUCUCAAUCGGCAAUCACGUAGAACGUUCUUCUGACGCUUGCUUCAAUCAAGAUUCAAAAGUGAUACUUACAGGCGAAUCGUUUGGUGAGUAAAAGCUCUUUAAUCCCUCUAAAUCGAUUAUAGAUAUAUUUUUUCUGCACGCACAUAAUUGUAAGGAAGGUUGAGUAGUUGUACAGAGUUCUGGGACUUAUAGAGGGGGAAAACUAUAUUUCCUCCGGUUUCCAAUUUCGUGACAGGUUACCUUUAACUAAAAAAAGGAUACUGAUUUCAAUUAUAAGUUGACCAUCUUAUCAGUAGUUCCUCUGCCAGCUUCCAAGUGAAACCCAGAUGAUAUGCAGGAAAACUCUGUGGAUAAGGAGAGCUAUUCAACAUGAUCUGCUUUGAAUUCUUUUAUUGGGAAACAGUUCGUUGCGUGACUGGAAGUUUUCCUCCUCUAGAAAAUGCUAGGCCACUACAGACCUUUAUCCGACAAAAUAUUAAGGCAAGUAGGCUUAUGAAGCUGGGUUAACGCCUACUUUCGCGAUUUGACUUAUAAAGUAUAAUUGUGUAUUAUUUGUUACAAGUUCCUACCGGAAACUAACGUAGUUUUAAAGAGGGACCUUGAGUAGUGGAACUAAAAGAAAUGCUUUCGUAACUUCAGAAUAUUUUUCAUUUUAAGCUUCUGUUUCGUGCCGUCACGAAAGAACUGUAUGUGACACGCGUACAUUUGCAUUUAUAAGAAGUUACAUAAACUAUCAUAAUUACCAGCGCUUGAUUUUUAAUUUUAGUGUUCGUAACGGCGAGAUUAAGAAUCCAAAGUUUAAACGGAGCUGCAUUUCAAGCCAUCAGGUAAUAUUGUUCAUCUUUUCCGCUUUCUUUAUAUUCUCCUAUUUUUUAUUGCUAAUAGCGUUUUUUUUAAGAUUUGGAAAUCACUUGCGUUUUGAAUAAUUUAGUUAAGAACCUUUUAAAAAAAAGUCGAGCCUUUGAUAGCCGAGUGCCUUCAUAGUCAACGAAUGCCACUGACGAAACCACUUCGAUAUGUGUGCCAUGUAUUAGACGUGGUCUCACCGUUUCACUGCUUUUAAAAAAAAUCCUUAAGUUCAAACGUCAAUAGAAUCUGUGAGUGAGCCUCAGACUACUUUGUAAAAUAAAUUGUGCUUGCUUCACCUUCUUAAAUUUGACAGGUUUACUAAACAGUGGCGCUUGGCGAUUAAUCGAGGAAUACAAUGUGCCAUUUUUUCUUUCCAACAGAUAUGCACGAUGCAAAGAUGAAAUUUUACUUUAAGUAUUCGAAAUGGUUUAAAAAUACCUUUGUUGUCUUGACUCUUUUGCUACUCACAACUGGAUGGUAUCUUUGGAACAGAUUAGAUGAAAAUGAUGACGGAACAUCAUCGCCUCUGAAAGACCUCUCUACGAAUAAAUCCUCCUUGGGUAAGUAAUUUGAAUUAGUAGGUGAAAUAGCGAUUCAAAGUGGCCAGAUGUAAAUGGAAAUCAAAAAGUCUAAUGAGAGAGGCCCACUUGGGAAUAAUUUAGUCUUUAGAAAUUGGUUUCGUGGUAAAAGCAAACGUUAAGUACACUGAUAAUGACGUUCGGUUUAAAAGUAAAACUCGCGCAAAAAAAUCAAACAUGUGUUAGUUUCUGCGUGGCCCAAAAAUAUUCUCGUACGUUUGUCUGCGAAAGGCAGACAAAUACGUAUUACAUCAUAAGUACCUGAAAAAGAAGCACGAAUCAUGAACCUCUGGGAAACGAAAGUCGGCUGGAAGUUCUUGUUCUACCAUCCAGCUCUUUUUGUCGCUUAGGCAGGGUGGACUUAAGGCGCAGAGGCAGGAUCUGUUAUUCAGUCUCAAUAUACAGACUUAUAACAGCGAAAUAUUCCUGUAAAGAGUACCUUUCUCGCCGACAAAGGAUUUUUUUUCCUUCAAGGAUCUCGAGACUCUCCAUGUCUUCCUGGUAGAAUUCCUGACAGCUUAACCAAACUGUAUGAGCUCUACAAUGAUGUUCAGACAUUUGUCAUGUUCAUUGGUUACCCUCGAAGUUCUCACAGUCUUGUAGGAGCUAUUUUGGAUGCUCAUCCUGAAAUAAUAAUUCCUCACGAGUAUCAUAUCAUACAGCAUUGGAAUUCUUUCCAAGAAGAAGCAAUCAAGAAAUCUGGUUUGCUGAAAUAUCUCCUUUUCUAUAAUCUGCACUCGUUAUCCACGUGGCAAGCCACCUUUGGUAACCGAGCAGAAAAACCUGUCUUCAUUGACGAUGGUAUAUAUUCUUACAAUGUCCCUGGCUCUUGGCAAGGGACAUUCAAUGACAAACUUAGGGUAAGUUUUACUCAUCCUAUUAUCCUGUAAUGCUUUGUUACUUGCGCAGCCAAAAUCAACCAGGAUAAAAUCAUCCAAAAACAAGAAAAAAUGCAUCCUAAACAAGGAAAAAAUUACGGUUUCUAAGCUCAGAAAUUUAUCCAAUUACCGUUAUCUACGGUGAAAACCAUCUAGCCGUCUGAUGAGAGCGGCACAAAAUCCACUCAGCAGGGAUAAAAGACGUCAGAAAGUAUUACAUAGUACUGCAGAAAGAAAAUCAUCUUGAAGAAGCUAAACUUGAGUAGAUAUUGACCAAUGGAACAUUAACAGAAUAAGACCAACACGCUCAGAGGUUUAACGUUCUCACUUUUUAGUGGAUGUACAAUCAAGAUAAUCUAUCUUAUUAUGAAUCGAAAUCUAGGUUAUUGGAGACAAGAAAGGAGGUGGAACGACAAUGGAACUUACUGAAAAACCUGAAAAGUUUGCUGCUCUUAAAGAACUCAAUGAAUCGCUUGGCAUUUCUUUAAGGUUUCUUCACGUCGUCAGAAAUCCUUAUGACGUCAUCUCCACCUGGUUACUAAGGCUUUUCAAUUUAAGGCGCAAAGCGAGCGAUGGAUUACCUAAGGUGAGGUCUAAUCCUUCGGCCGAUUAAAGUUAAUUUGCAUAGCACGUAAAGUACCGUUGUAAGGGAUCAGUCCUUCGAUACCUGCGCAUUUUAUCUCUUGCUGUAAUUAGAAACUUAAAAGUAUAACUUAUGGAAAAUGGGGAAUAAUCUAUGGUGCUCAAAAUAACUUGAUCCAGUAAAAACGUUUAUCUCAAUUUUUUUAUCAUGAGUGUAGCUAAAGUUGUUCUUAGGAAACCACAACCCUCCCCUUCCUUUUCUAAUUCAGGUUAGUGAAAACGCGCAAAUUCGAAUAUUGUACAAUGAUGGCAUAAGUCAUUUCUCGGACACUCCAUUUUCCGGUUCUUCCCGCCGCAUGAAUACGGGCCUAUUGAACACAAUCUUGAUAGCUAAUUUACUGAUAAAUUUAAUGUUUGUCCUCUCUACGAUUUCGCAUGUGAAACCUCGCAAUCAAAUAUCUUGCGUUAAUAUGUGUUUAUCACACAGAUUAAUAAACCAGCAACGCUUGAUGGUUUUAUAAAGUCUUUCUUCGAACUGGUUGAGACAAAUGAAAAAAUUCGACAAACGUAUGGCGAUGACACAGUAUUGGAUAUUUUAAGUCACGAACUGAUAUCAAAACCUAAAGAAACAAUGAUGGCAGUAUGUAAAUUUCUUGACGUCACUUGCAAGAGCGAUUAUCUUCAACAAGCUGAAAGUAUCCUAUAUGGGAAACCGUCUAUUACAAGAACAUCGGUCGCGUGGACUGAAGAACAGAAGCAGAGAGUUCAAGACGAGAUGAGAAAAUAUCCACUCUUUCAAUCAUUCAGAUUUGAAGGGGAAUACUGA